ACAGCUCAUAUUCAACUAGCCAACCAUGAAGAUCGUUAUCCUGCUAACUUUGGUAGCGAUGGCCAUCGCCCAGGACAGCUAUCCCACCAAGUACGACAAUAUCGAUGUGGAUGAAAUCCUCAAUUCGGACCGCCUCUUCAAGAAUUACUUCAACUGCCUGAUGGAUGCCGGUCCCUGCACUGCCGAAGGAAACGAACUGAAGAAGUAUCUUCCGGAUGCCGUUUCGACUGGAUGUAAGAAAUGUAGCGAAAAGCAACGUGAGCUUACGGCCAAGGUGGUCAAGUCUUUGAUCGAGAAGCGUCCGGAUGAGUGGACGGCCCUCCGAGGAAAGUACGAUCCCGAUAACACCUUUGUCGAGAAGUAUCGCGACGAAGCAGCCAAGUAUGGUAUUAAGCUGUGAGAAAUGAGUCAAUAUCGGAAUCAGUUAAAAUGGCAAAAUGUAUUGGAUUGCAGUUUUCAUCGUAUCAUAUUUGAAUAUAUUUGAUAUCAAAAUUGACGUUGUAUUCGUGUUGUAAAAUUUUCAUGAAAAAUAAAAUCAGUGCAUAAAAAUGAACAUGUUCAAAAGUGAUUACAUUUUUGUGGUUUUCUAAGCCUAGUUCAAUAUUGAACAAUUUAAUGCAGCAUCGGAUAAAUUUUAACAGAAAUGAAACGGUCUGACUUCCAAAAGUUUUUACAUCGCAUAGUUAGCUUGUCUUUACUGGAGUUGCUCUUUCU